AACCAAAAACCGUUAAAAAAAUAACCGUCCAACGCUACCAACACUGACGAUACGUCGUACAUUCGUAUUUUUGUGCGUCGCCAUUCGCCGAUAUCGUCGGUUACUCGGUUUAUGAUUUUUUGAAUUUCUGUAUUCCUCAUUCUGUUGUUUUGAUCGUUUCGUGACGCGCAACUGUCAUUCCGUAUUACAGCAUUCGAUAUUUUAUUGUUUUUUAAACGACAACUGUCGUACAGCUCGCUACCGUAAUAAAAAAACCGGUUAACUUACCACUACCACCGAUGCCAAACAUUUUUGUUGUACCGCCGUCGAGAAAUUAGAAAGCAUGUCGUCCAUCAUGUUCGGAUCACCGUCGUUGAAAGACGACUCCAGCAUUAUUGUACAUAAAAUGGAUUCCUCUAUGGGUCCAGACACAGAUAAGAUACAACUUAUUUUGGAUGAAAUUUGUGCAUAUUCAAAAAAGGAAAUCCUAAAAGUUCAACGUAAUCUAGAUGUUAUUUAUGGAACGUAUUCAGAUGAAAAGAAAAACGGCAUAAACCAGCUUCAUGAACAUUUAAAAGCUCAUGUAACUUCAUUUUUAGAUGAAGUUGUUUUAGAAUCUGAAAAAGACAAAAAUAAUAUUAUAAAAGAUAUUGAAGAAUUAUUGGCAGAAAAAGAAGUUUUAGAAAAGGAACUACAAAUGCAUAUUUCAAUCGAUGACCACAAUGAUGCUACUCCGUUAAUUGAUGUCCAAAUCAAUAUUGAUAAAUCUCUACAAGAAUGUAGAAAAAUAAAAGAACAACGCAUGACAGAACUUAAUAGACUUCAAGAAGAAGAAAAACAAAUUUGUCAUUUACUUAACGAAAAACCUAAAUACUCAGCCAUAAAAGAAAUGCCUUCUGCAACACUACUGGAAAAUAUCAAAAGUCAUCUUAUAGAUUUAAAAAAUACUCAAAUUAAACGUCGGUCUACAUUUUUGGAACAAAAAACCAAAGUUGAAUUGUUAUUAGCAGAUCUAGGAGAAAUACCAAUUUUACAGUUUGAUAAAAUGGUAUUAGGGGAUCCAAACCAGUUUCAACUGUCAAAAUCAAACUUGGAUGAACUUCAAAAAUUGAUAAAACGCUUGGAAAAUCAAACAGAAAAUCAAAAAUGCAUGGCUAUGGAAUUAAGAACCAAAUUAAAUUCACUAUGGGAUCGUUUACAAAUCGAUGUUUCUUAUAGGGAACAUUUUGUCAGUACAAAAAAAGGAUUUGGCAAAACUGUUAUACAAGAUCUAAAAGUAGAAGUUGAAAGAUGCGAGACAUUGAAAAAAGAAAAUAUCAAACAAUUUAUUGAAAAACUACGAUGUGAAUUAAAUGAUUUAUGGGAUAGAUGUCAUUUUGGUGAUCGUCAAAGAAAACAGUGUCAAGUGUAUUAUAGCACUGAGUUUAAUGAGGAUGUAAUGGAUAUAUUAGACAUUGAGGUUGAUAAUGCUAAAAAGUUUUAUAAUGAUAACAUUUCUAUUUAUCAUUUAAUUGAAGAAAGAGAACAUUUAUGGAAUAAAAUGAUUAUGAUGCAAGAACAGGCGAAUGAUCCAGCUAGGCUUUGGCAAAACAGAGGUGGACAAUUAUUAAAAGAAGAAAAAGAAAGAAAAAUUAUUCAAAAAGAACUACCAAGAGUAGAAAGAGAAUUAAAGAAUCAAUUGCAAUCAUAUGAACAAAGAGAAAAUAAAAUAUUCUAUUAUAGAGAUGAAAGAUUAAUUGAUUUCAUGGAAAGGCAAUGGGAUGAAUUAAAGAGCAAUAAAAAAAAUUUGCAACAAACAAAGUCCAAGAUACAAACUGGAAUUAAGCCUCAAACUCCACUGACGGCCACUCGCAGUAAAAGGAAGAUAGUCGCUACAUCAAGCAACCAAGCUUCUAAGGUCCGUAAAAUCGGCAUGGACCAUAAAGCUGUGGUUACUCCAAGAAGACAAUUAUUUAAUUUUCAUAAUAAUAAUGUGGCUACAUUAGUUCCAUUAAACUCAACUAAACUACAUGAAGUAAAUUUAACAACAACAAGACCACAUCCAACCUUUCAUGGGUCCAAUGAUGAAAAUGGAUCUGUUGAAUCCUAUGCAACCUUCCAGGAACAUCUUGAAUCCAAAAAGCAUAGGUUGUUUACAAGUCCGACUACCAAAAGUGUAUUAAGGGAACCAAAUACAACAUUUACUACACCAAGGAAACCAUUAACGAAAACACCCAUUAAAGGAUCUCAAAUUCCAAUACCAACCACACCUAAAACGCCAUUACGUACAACACCAAGAAUGACGCCCAAUACACGCACAGUUACAAAACUAACGCGAACUAUAAACAAUAAACUUCCAAUAAUUUUUUAACCAUGAUUUAUAAACUUUUUAAUCAACUAACUGUUCAUUUUUUUUCAAUUUGUCUUCUUGUAUAGUUUGUUAUUUAAAUUUAUAUUGUGU